AGCCCUCCUCCCAGCCGUUGGUCCCACCCGCAGAGACAGCCAUCUUUGUUGCAUAAAUAACUCCCCUGCUCAGCCACUUCCCCUGUUUUGUUCAUCGAUCAAGUCCAGGGCCAUGGCGGCGGAGGCAGAGUCCCUCAUGACAAAGGAACCGCUAACGGCGGAAUCUAGCGGGAGCAACAACAACAACGACAAGCCGGCGGCGGGGAGCGGGAAGCCGGCGAUGGUGCUGGGGAUCGACGAGAGCGAGCACAGCUACUACGCGCUGGACUGGACGAUCCACCACUUCUUCCCCCCGGGGACGCACCCGCAGCCACAGCAGCAGUACCGUCUCGUGGUCGUGAGCGCCAAGCCGCCCGCGGCCUCCGUCAUCGGCAUCGCCGGCAUCGGCACCGCCGAGCUGCUCCCCACCGUGGAGCUCGACCUCAAGCGCGCCUCCGCCCGGGUCAUCGACAGGGCCAAGGACCACUGCUCCCACGUCGCCGACGUGACCUACGAGGUGAAAGAAGGGGACGCCCGGAACGUGCUCUGCGAGGCCGUCGACCGGCACCAUGCCGACAUGCUCGUCAUGGGCAGCCAUGGCUACGGCGCCUUCAAGAGGGCAGUGCUUGGGAGCGUGAGUGACUACUGCAGCCACCACGCCGACUGCACCGUCAUGAUUGUCAAGAGGCCCAAGCACCACAAGAAGCCUGAACAUUGGAGGCCGUUCCACAAAAAAGAAGCCUGAACAGUUUAUAUAUGAGAUCCCUGAUCGAUUGGGAGCUUGUAUUAAUUAGUUGUGGCAACUUAAUUAGCAUCCAGACCGUGUCUGAAUGUGUGCGUUUGUAGUGUACGAGUUGUUUUUGUGGUUCAAGCUCACACGGUAAAUGUAGAGCACGUAUGUUGUUUUAGGGCCUGCACAGUGUUGGCUAAAUAGCGGUUCCAAAUCCUCUAUUUGGCAUUUGGCACCCCUGGACAACAUUGUGAGGCUGAUGCCAAAA